UUUUAGACUUUUCACGCCCAGGCGCAGCCACGUGCACUGGCACAUCGGUGUACACCGCGGCACCGGAAUCAUCUGCCUGCUUGCCCACCUGUCGGCCACCAGCCUAACCGAAAACCACUGCAACACCAUCCGCCACGUGAAUACGUUCAACUGCAGGCGACACAAUGCAAUGCAAACUCCUCGUCUUCCUGUGGAUAUGCUGCUGCGCCCACGCGUUGCCGCGAUUGGUACCUCAAAACAAUGUGAAGAAUCUGCCAUCAUCGAAUGUUCAAGUGCACUAUAACAUUACAAACAGCCAGAUCAACAACCUGAGGCCAAUAGAAGAAACGUCUUAUAUCGACUUCAUUCCAACACCUUCGUUUCCCUCAAAAAGGCCGAACGUCUGUGACAAUUGUGUUUGUGGGGUGGGCAGGAAAAUCAGGAUCGUCGGUGGAAACGUGGCCAGCGUCUACGAGUACCCGUGGAUGGUUAGCAUGAGCAAACAAGGUACAUUUUAUUGUGCCGGAAGCUUAAUCACGCGGAGGCACGUACUCACAGCAGCACAUUGCAUGGCGGGGUUCGACAGAAGAGGCAUCAAGCUUGUUUUGGCCGACAGCAACCGUCCAAAUCUAAACAAAGACGCUGUAGUUCGUCGCAUCAAAUCAGUUACUAUCCACGAGAACUUCCACGCGUAUACCUAUAACAACGAUAUUGCUAUCAUCGAAAUGGAUCGACCCGUGGAUGUAAAUGGCAUCGUGAGAACUGCUUGUUUACCCGAAGACAAAGCUAUCGACUACACGGGGGCAACAGCUACGGUGGUUGGUUGGGGGCGAACCGGUGAGGACGAACCUGUUAGUGAUGAGUUACGGAAAGUCAAUCUUCCAAUUUUGUCCCAGGAAGAGUGCGAUGAAUCAGGGUAUCAGAAGAACCGUAUCACCGAGAACAUGUUCUGCGCUGGUUAUUUGGACGGCAAACUUGAUGCUUGUUUCGGUGACAGCGGUGGACCCCUUCAUGUAAAAGGAACGUAUGGCCAUCUUGAAGUCGUAGGAAUAAUUUCGUGGGGACGUGGUUGCGCCAGACCUAACUUGCCAGGAAUUUACACGAAACUGACCAACUACCUCGGUUGGCUCAAAGAUCAUCUCGAUGGCGAGUGCGUGUGUCCACCACCUCGAUCCUACAUGGACGUUAGAUUUCUGAAGGACGAUUCUCUGGCGAGUACUAAUUACACUUGGACGAAUUCAACGCAGAAUCGGAAAGGAAAAUUCCUGUUCGACGAAUUAUUUGGCUUUGACAUAUCUACUGAUUCGGAUGCAGACGACGAAGCCGUACGGAACUGUACCUGCGAGUGCGGUGUGUCCAAUCAAGAGGAUCGAAUCGUCGGCGGAAGACCCACAACCCCGAACAAAUAUCCCUGGGUGGCGCGGCUCGUGUACGACGGUCGAUUUCAUUGCGGAGCCAGUCUUAUUAACAACGAUUACGUUCUUACUGCGGCUCACUGUGUGCGUAGAUUGAAACGAUCAAAAAUGCGCGUAGUGCUCGGAGAUUACGACCAGCACGUAACCACCGAUGGACGAGCAGUGAUGAGAGCAGUGAGCGCCGUGAUUCGUCACAGGAACUUCGACAUGAACUCCUACAAUCACGACGUCGCCUUGCUGAGGCUUCGAAAGUCGGUGAAAUUUUCCAAAAGCAUUAAGCCAGUGUGUUUGCCGCAAAAGGGCACAGAUCCAGCUGGUAAAGAGGGAACCGUGGUCGGUUGGGGUCGAACAAGCGAGGGAGGAAUGCUGGCAGGAAUAGUUAACGAAGUACAAGUACCGAUAUUGAGCUUAUCGCAGUGCCGCAUGAUGAAAUAUCGAGCUAAUCGUAUCACUGAUAACAUGCUUUGCGCUGGUCGCGGUAGCCAGGAUUCCUGUCAAGGUGACAGCGGCGGUCCUCUUCUUGUUCACGAAGGCGACAGACUCGAAAUUGUUGGUAUAGUUUCAUGGGGUGUUGGGUGCGGAAGGCCAGGAUAUCCUGGAGUGUACACCAGGGUAACCAGAUAUCUCAAAUGGAUCAAUAUCAACAUGAAACAAGGAUGCAUAUGCUCUCAUUAAAAAUAAUUAACUUAUGGCCCAGAGUUGAAAGAAUGCUUUUGAGUUUGUACAUACAUAUACAUUUAAACAGGAAUUAUUUAAGAAGCCCGAAAUAAUUGGAAACACUUACUCAUACCAAGAAUGGUUAGUAGGUUUUGUUUAUAAUCGUCGUAUUUCUUGUUAAAUGAUUUAACAAUAAAUGCGAAUUUACCCAAAUGCGAUCGAACAGUAAGUUAUCCGUAAAAUAGAAGAGCUCGCAUUGGCUACUGACUUAACAAAUUAGAAACCUGAUGAAAACUUACACGAAGUCGUUCAUUAUACUGUAACUAGCAGAGUUCAUCGUACAUUUUGCCAAGUGAUCACUUAAUAUUGUAGUAUUAUACAUAGUGUAUAUAGUUUUAUAGAUCGUAAAGUUAUGGUAACUAUUUAGUUUAAACAAUGUUAUUAACAGACCUGGUAUUCUAUCAGUAAGUUAAGUACUUAAGUUCCUUGUGGUAUAGAAGUUAUUAAUGCUCUCACAUGUAAAUAAAUAAAAG